CGCGGGCCGGAGCCAGCGCGCCGCCAUCGCGCCCGCAGCGCGGCGCCCCGCCAGCUGCCCGCCGCCCGCCGCCGGGCUCGGGCUCGGGCUCCCGGGCCGGGCUCCGUGGCACCGGCUGAGCAGGUCUGUCCGUGCGCCCGGCCCCUCAUCGACUGUCACUCGGCAGGGGCGCCUGCGACCGCCUGCCUCCGCCGUGCUCUUCUCCUGCAAUGGGCGCCUGAAUCCUCGUAACCGUAAAAACGGGUCCUUUUCCUUUAGAGACGCUAGAGCUCCAGGUCCCAACUCUUAGAGGGUAAACAGAGCCACUGUAUCAUCUGUGUGUGGGGCGGGCUGGCCGUCAAAAGGACGGAAAAGUCCGGUUUCUAAGAAAUGGGUUCCUGGCUAGGAGGGCGCCUAGCUAGAUGUGAAGACUCCUUUCGAAACGCGUCUUUGGGCUCCUUCGUACUGUGGGGGGUCAGGCUGGGGAACGGGGCGGCCAAGGUCCGGCUGGGACGCGAGCAGGCACGAGGCUCCUAGGACGCGGCACUACGGGGGACAGUUCGGCCGCGACGUGCAGGAAGCCGUCUGGAAGCCCAGGACGGACGCCGGCCGCGCCGGGGCCGGGGACGAGGCCGGGGCGGCGGGGUGGCGGGAGCGACCGCCUAGCGGAACGCAGUUUCCGCCGGCGCCGCUUUCCCUCCGGAGCCGGGUCCGAGCACCUUCCCGGCGCGCAGGCGCAGACGCUCCGGGGGCGCAUGGCCGUGCUGGAGCUUCUGGCUGGGGCGGCGGUGGCGGCCGCGGCCGUGGCGUGGGGCUUGUUCUGGGUGUGGGGCUCCUCAGAGCGAACCCGGAGUCGGGAGCAGGCGGGCCUGCGGGGAGGCGGCCGCCGGGCCCUGCUGGUAAUCGCACACCCCGACGACGAAGCCAUGUUCUUCGCUCCCACGGUGUUGGGCUUGGGUCGCGGGGGCCACCGGCUGUCCCUACUCUGCUUCUCCACAGGAAAUUACUACAAUCAAGGGAAGAUUCGUAAGAAAGAACUUAUGCAGAGCUGUGAGGUUUUGGGGAUUCCACCCUCCGGUGUGAUGAUUAUUGACAACAGGGACUUCCCAGAUGACCCAGGUGUCCAUUGGGAUACAGAGAGUGUGGCCAGUGUCCUCCUCCAGCAUAUCCAAGUGAAUGGCAUCAGCCUGGUGGUGACUUUUGAUGCAAGGGGAGUGAGCGGCCACAACAAUCACAUCGCUCUGUAUACAGCUGUGAGGGUGCUCUGCACUCACACUGCAGUCGGUGAACAUGGUGCGCAAGUACAUCUCCUUUCUAGACCUGCCUUUUUCCCUGCGCCAGACCCAGGAUGUCCUCUUCGUGCUCACCAGCGAAGAAGUGGCACGUGCCAAGAGAGCCAUGUCCUGCCACCGCAGUCAGCUGCUCUGGUUCCGCCACCUCUAUGUUCUCUUCUCCCGGUACAUGAGAAUCAACUCUCUGCACUUCCUCUGAAGCCUGGAGACUAUCCUAGUCCAGGAAUCAAGGAGAACAGGACCAGGAAGUCCAGAGUCUGGUCUGGAGCCAGCUCAUCUCCGGAGCCAAAGAGCCCCCAACAGGGUGACCUCGAAGCUCUGCUCAUGGUGGGUGGCCUUCAUGCUGCCAGACACCAGCUUCUUCACAGUAACCACCAAAGAAACUGAGCUGAGAAUAAUAACUACCCGCAAGUUCUUGUGAGAAACUGUUCGCAUAAUCACACAACGAUGUCAAACACCUAGCACAGAGCCUGCUCUUAUUAAAAAUGAGUGUAAGACUUUUUCCCCCCUUGAAUGGUGGUAAUAGUGGCAACUUAUGAGAUUGUGAUGAUAAUUCAAAUAGAUGUAUAUUUGAAUUUUUGAGCACUAGAUAUAAGGAUAAUGAAGAAAAAGGUAUGGAUUCUAUCCAUCUCUUGUUUUUAAAGGUAACAUUUUUUGUUUAUUGAUCCAUAUUUAUCAUAUUAACGACAUUUUGACAAUAUAUAAAAGUCUUCGAAUUAUGACAUGAAGGAAAUAAGUAUGCAUGGAGUAUAAUAUUUAUAGAUAUAUCUGGAGAAAGUACAUUUUAUCUUCAUACCAGGUUCCUUCCCAUUAUUAGAUUUUAUAAUAUUUUUAUAGUUUCUUAUAAAAUAGUUUCUUAAAUUUUUAUAUGUUUAGAGUAAUUUAACUUAACUUUAAAUAAAGCCACAAUUAGCAUAUAUAACAUAAUAUACUAAUUAAGGUAAAUGGUGAUUUGUUCUAAUUAUCUUUCAUUAAGAUACUCAGCACUUGAAGGGAAAAAUAUAUGCAUUGCACCUGUAUGUGUUAAAAGUAUAUAUAGAAGGGAUGAAAUGAUGUAAUUUAGAUCUUGUGAAAUAAAGAUAAAUUUUAAGUGUAAAAAAAAAAAAUGAGUGUAAGAGUGCUCAGAAACCACUUCAGAUGCAAUAAUGAAAUAUUUUUACACUAUUGCCAGAGCGGGCUGUUUCAUUAGUUCAACCAUAACCACCUUCAUUUAUCUUCGUAGUCUCUCACACUUGGAUUUGGAGGACACCUGGCUGAGGAGCUUAAGUGCUGGCCAUAUGCUAGACACUGUUUUUUGGGAGGAAGUUGGGAGGUUGCAGAGGGUGUCAGGUUCUGAAUCAGGAUCUCACAUAUGUGAGAGAUCUGCUCUACGACUGAAGUGCAGCCCUGGCCUGCUCUGAGAACUUUCUUAGAGACUUCAUUAUUGCAUCUGAAGUGGUUUCUGAGCACUCUUACACUCAUUUUUAGUAAGAGCAGGCUCUGUGCUAGGUGUUUGACAUCCUUGUGUGAUUAUGUGAACAGUUUCCCACAAGAACUUGCAGGUAGUUAUUAUUUCAUGUAGAUUUACCUCAAAGGACUCACAGUCCAAUAUCUCAGCUCUCCCUCCUUUGGGCGAAGCUAAAAGUAGGGAAAGAAGUAAGAAUCAUUUUAUCCUGAAAACACUCGAGUCAGACGUCUUAAAAUUAACACCCGAGGACCCUCUGCUCCUAAAGACUGUGAUCCGAGAGGUCUUCUAACCCAUUUUGGCACCCAGAGCAGCUUCUUACAGAAAUGCAUCUAGACUGUGAACUGAGCUAAAAUAUCAGAAAUCCAAAUUUCUGACAGUGGCUGCACGAGCUCAUAGAGUCUUCAUUCCCAGCAAUGAAAACAGUUAUUAAAUGAUGCCUUUUCAGCAGGCCUGAUUGUUGGGGGGAAAUUCCAAACAAUAAUAGUGAGUUCUCUAUUGAAAUGUUGAAUGUAUUGAAAGUAUAGAGAGAAUAAAGUGAAGAUCAUUAGCUACUUA